UUGCGGGUGAUUUUACUGUCAAUGUAACAAUUGGCUCUGAUAACAAAGUCUCUCCUUCUCAGUCCAGGAGGGGGUCAGGUGUCACAGAUUCAUCCAUGGAGAAACCUGGGGUUCCUGAUGAUGUUCAGAAAAAAUUGUCCAACAAAGUGAAAUCCAUUCUGGAGAGGAUAUAUCAGUGCAUGUAUGAGGGUUUGCCCGAACAAGGAAACAACAUCUUUCUGGAUAAGAUUUACACAGAGCUCUACAUCACAGCGGGUGGGCAAGGAUGGGUCAAUAAUGAACAUGAAGUGAGACAGGUUGAGAUGGCAUCCAAGAAAGCAGCCACACAAGAGACUCCAAUCAAAUGCAAUGACAUCUUCAAAACCAUGUCUGGACAAGAGAAACAAAUCAGAACUGUGCUGACAAAGGGGAUUGCUGGCAUUGGAAAAACAGUCUCUGUGCAGAAGUUCAUUCUUGACUGGGCAGAAGGAAAAGCUAACCAGGAUGUUGACUUCAUAUUUCCUCUAUGUUUUAGAGACUUGAAUGUGAUGGAAGGUGAACAAUGCAGUUUGUUACAAAUGAUUUACUCCUUCUUUCCUGAAAUCCAGAAACAGUUUGGAUCCAUUAAGAUUGAGCAUUGCAAAGUUGUCUUCAUCUUUGAUGGUCUGGAUGAGUGUCGACUUCCAUUAGAUUUCCAGAACAAUAAGAGAUGGUAUAAUGUAACAGAGCCAACAUCAGUGGAUGUGCUGCUGACAAACCUCAUUAAGGGGAAUCUGCUUCCCUCUGCUCUCCUCUGGAUCACCACCCGACCAGCAGCAGCCAAUCAGAUCCCUGCUCAGUGUGUCCACCAGGUGACAGAGGUUCGAGGUUUUAAUGAUCCACAGAAGGAGGAAUACUUCAUGAAGAGAUUCAGUGAUCAGAACUUGGCCAGCAGAAUUAUCACACACAUAAAGUCAUCAAGGAGUCUCUACAUCAUGUGUCACAUACCAGUCUUCUGUUGGAUUGCAGCCACUAUUCUUGAGAAAAUGAUGGGUGAGUCAGACAGCAGAGAAAUCCCUAAGACUCUGACUCAGAUGUACACAAACUUCCUUCUCCUUCAGGGGAGUUUGAAAGACCAGAAAUAUGUUGGAACAACUGAAGCAAAUUUGGUUCUGAAUAGAGAGUCCAUUCUGAAACUAGGGAAGCUGGCUUUUCAACAACUGGAAAAGGGAAAUCUAAUUUUCUACAAGAAAGACCUGACAGAGAGUGGCAUUGAUGUCAGUGAAGUGUCAAUUAACUCUGCGGUGUGCACUGAACUUCUUAGGCAAGAGUGUGGCAUCCAAAAGCAGAAAGUGUACUCCUUUGUGCAUCUGAGUGUUCAAGAGUAUCUUGCUGCUCUGUACGUGUUUCUUGAAUACAAAAACAGCAACAUACACCGCCUUGAUAAAACCUUGCGUGGUCAAUUUUUAAAAUUCAUCUCACGCUCAAGAUUAUCUGUGUUGCUCAAGACAGCAGUGGAUCAGGCUUUACAGAAUGAGAAUGGACACCUGGACCUUUUCCUGCGCUUCCUUCUUGGACUCUCACUGGACUCCAAUCAGAAUCUCUUACAAGGCCUACUGACACAGACAGGAAGCAGCUCACAGAGCAUUGAGGAAACAGUCCAGUAUAUUAAACACAAGAUCAGGGAGAAUCUCUCUCCAGAGAGGACCAUCAAUCUGUUCCACUGUCUGAAUGAAAUGAAUGACCAUUCUCUGGUGGAGGAAAUCCAAAGUUACCUGAGCUCAGGAAGUCUUUCAAGAGAAGACCUCUCACCUGCACAGUGGUCAGCUCUGGUCUUUGUGUUACUGACAUCAGAAGAUGAGCUGGAUGUGUUUGACUUGAAGAAAUACAUCAGAUCAGAAGAAGGUCUUCUGAGGCUGCUGCCAGUGGUCAAGGCCUCUAGAACAGCUCUGCUGAAAAGCUGUAACCUCAGCAAGGAAUGCUGUGAAGCCCUGGCCUCAGCUAUCAGCUCAAACUCCUCCAGUCUGAGAGAGCUGGACCUGAGUGACAAUGAGCUGCAGGAUUCGGGAGUGAUUCUGCUCUCUGCUGGACUGGGGAAUCCACACUGUAAACUGGAGACACUGAGUCUGAACAGCUGUAACCUCAGCAAGGAAUGCUGUAAAGUGCUGGCCUCAGCUGUCAGCUCAAACUCCUCCAGUCUGAGAGAGCUGGACCUGAGUGACAAUGAGCUGCAGGAUUCAGGAGUGGAGCUGCUGUCUGUUGGACUGGGAAAUCCACACUGUAAACUGGAGACACUGAGGUCACUGAACAGCUGUAACCUCAGUAAGGAAUGCUGUGAAUUGUUGGCAUCAGCUAUCAGCUCCUCCAGUCUGAGAGAGUUGGACCUGUGUAUUGACAAAGACAUGAUAAUUUCUUGGAUUAAUGUUAUACCACAGUGCUUUUCUUCUCUCUGCAGACUGUCACUGUGUGGAGCUAUAGAGGGGGGCUGUGUUUCUCUGGCUUUAGCUCUGCAUUCAAACCCCUCUCACCUGAGAGAGCUGGAUCUGAGCUACAAUCACCCAGGAGACUCAGGAGUGAGAGCGCUCUCUGCUGGACUGAAGGAUCCAAAUUGUGAACUGCAGAAACUGAGGCUGAACAGCUGUAACCUCAGUGAGAAAUGCUGUGAAGCGCUGGCCUCAGCUAUCAGCUCAAACUCCUCCAGUCUGAGAGAGCUGGACCUGAGUGACAAUGACCUGCAGGAUUCAGGAGUGGAGCUGCUCUCUGCUGAAGGACUGAAGAAUCCACACUGUAAACUAGAGACACUGAGGCUGUCACUGUGUAGAGUCACAGAGAGAGGCUGUGUUUCUCUGGCUUCAGCUCUGCAUUCAAACCCCUCACACCUGAGAGAGCUGGAUGUGAGCUACAAUCACCCAGGAGACUCAGGAUUGAGAGCGCUCUCUGCUGGACUGGAGGACCCCAACUGUAAACUGGAGGCACUCAGGCUGAACAGGUGUAACCUCAGUAAGGAAUGCUGUGAAGCGUUGGCCUCAGCUAUCAGCUCAAACUCCUCCCAUUUGAAAGAGCUGGACCUGAGUGACAAUGACCUGCAGGAUUCAGGAGUGGAGCUGCUCUCUGCUGGACUGGGGAAUCCACACUGUAAACUGGAGACACUCAGGCUGAACAGGUGUAACCUCAGUAAGGAAUGCUGUGAAGGGCUGGCCUCAGCUAUCAGCUCAAACUCCUCCAGUCUGAGAGAGCUGGACCUGAGUGACAAUGAGCUGCAGGAUUCAGGAGUGGAGCUGCUCUCUGCUGGACUGGGGAAUCCACACUGUAAACUGGAGACACUGAGGCUAUCAGGCUGUCAGGUCACAUGGAGAAGCUGUGUUUCUCUGGCUUCAGCUCUGCGUUCAAACCCUUCACACCUGAGAGAGUUGGAUCUGAGCUACAAUCACCCAGGAGACUCAGGGGUGAGAGUGCUCUCUGCUGGACUGGAGGAUCCCAACUGUAAACUAGAGAAACUGAGACUGAACAGCUGUAACCUAAGUGAGAAAUGCUGUGAAGCGCUGGCCUCAGCUAUCAGCUCAAACUCCUCCAGUCUGAGAGAGCUGGACCUGAGGGACAAUGAUCUGCAGGAUUCAGGAGUGGAGCUGCUCUCUACUGGACUGGGGAAUCCACACUGUAAACUGGAGACACUGAGGCUGUCACAGUGUAGAGUCACAGAGAGAGGCUGUGUUUCUCUGGCUUCAGCUCUGCAUUCAAACCCCUCCCACCUGAGAGAGCUGGAUCUGACCUACAAUCACCCAGGAGACUCAGGAGUGAGAGCACUCUCUGCUAGACUAAAGAAACCCAACCAUAAAUUGGAAAAAUUGAGGCUGAGCAGCUGUAACCUCACUAAGAAAUGCUGUGAAGCGCUGGCCUCAGCUAUCAGCUCAAACUCCUCCAGUCUGAGAGAGCUGGACCUGAGUGACAAUGAGCUGCAGGAUUCAGGAGUGAAGCUGCUCUCUGCUGGACUGGGGAAUCCACACUGUAACCUGGAGAUACUGAGGCUGUCACUGUGUGGAGUCACAGAGAGAGGCUGUGUUUCUCUGGCUUCUGCUCUGCGUUCAAACCCCUCCCACCUGAGAGAGCUGGAUCUGACCUACAAUCACCCAGGAGACUUAGGAGUGAGAGCGCUCUCUGCUGGACUGGAGGAUCCCAACUGUAAACUGCAGAAACUGAGGCUGAACAGCUGUAUCCUCAGUAAGAAAUGCUGUGAAGCCCUGGGCUCGGCUGUCAGCUCAAGCUCCAGUUUGAGAGAGCUGGACCUGAGAGACAAUUAUCUGCAGGAUUCAGGAGUGGAGCUGCUCUCUGCUGGACUGGGGAAUCCACACUGUAAACUGGAGAUACUGAGGCUGAACAGCUGUAACCUCAGUAAGGAAUGCUGUGAAGCGUUGGCCUCAGCUAUCAGCUCAAACUCCUCCAGUCUGAGAGAGCUGGACCUGAGUGACAAUGACCUGCAGGAUUCAGGAGUGGAGCUGCUCUCUGCUGGACUGGGGAAUCCACACUGUAAACUGGAGACACUGAGGCUGUUAGGCUGUCAGAUCACAGAGAGAGGCUGUGUUUUUCUGGCCUCAGCUCUGCAUUCAAACCCCCAACACCUGAGAGAGCUGGAUCUGAGCUACAAUCACCCAGGAGAGUCAGGAGUCAGAGUGCUCUCUGAUGGACUGAAGGAUCCCAACUGUAAAUUGGAGAAACUGAGCGUGGACCAUGGUGGCGAGUGCAGGAUAAAAACAUGGCCAUGGAAAUACGCCUGUCAGCUCACACUGGAUCCCAACACAGCACACAGAAACCUGUCUCUGUCUGAGGGGGACAGGAAGGUGACGUGGGGAAUCAAGGAACAGCCAUAUCCUGAUCAUCCAGAGAGAUUUGACUGUCGUUCCCAAGUUUUGUGUAGAGAGGGUCUGACUGGACGCUGCUACUGGGAGGCUGAGUGGAGCGGAAUUUGGGCUCGUAUAGGAGUGGCACGUAAAGGAAUCAGCAGGAAAGGAGCGCGUGACGACAGUUUCCUUGGGUAUAACGACGAGUCCUGGUGUUGGUGCUGCAGCACUUACACUGCCUGGCACAGUAAAGAGGAAACUCCAACACAAAUCCCUGCGUCCCACUCAAACAGAGUGGGAAUGUAUCUGGACUGGCCGGCCGGCAUUCUGUCCUUCUACAGCGUCUCCUCUGACACACUGACCCUCCUGCACACAUUCCACACAAAAUUCACUGAGCCCCUCUAUCCUGGGUUUUGGGUUAACUCCUCACUGAGCCUGUGCCAGCUGGAAUAG